AGUCUAGUUGGUUUAAACAUCAAAACAAGCCUACCUUCCUGCAAGAAGGAUGAAGAUUGUGAUCUACGUCCUAGCCUUUGCGGGCCUUGUCGCAUCAGUACACGCAGAUUUGUGCGCGGACAAGCCCCACGGUGCGUACCUACCAGACCCCACCUCGUGUCAGCACUACUACCACUGCACCUGGGGGAAAGCUGUGCGCAAAGAUUGCGGGCCUGGGAGGGUCUGGGACCCACGCAUCACCAACUGCAACUGGGAUUGGGCCUACAAGUGUGUGGGUACUCCCGCACCAAGUGUCGUGAAUUCCUUCUGCAAAAAAAGAGCGAAUGGAUACUACGCCCACCCUGAGAACUGCAAGAUGUACAUCACGUGUUCUAACGGGAUCACUUACGAGAGGCAGUGUCCCGCGGGACUCAACUGGAACGACGCAAAGAAGUUGUGCGACUGGCCGAAAAAUGCUCCUUGCGAGGAGAAAUCUCCUACCGUCACGGAUUUGGUUGGAAAAAUAUCUGCUUUAAUCUCCGUUGACGUCACCAAUCACGUCAUUGCAGCGGUAACGCAGAUUGUUGAAGGUUACCACAUAGGCGGGUGCUUGUCAUCGCUGCCCUGUUCGGAAGCUUCCCUUAUUAAACGAAUUAAAGCCGCAACAGUUCCUAGAGACUUCGUGUACGCUCGGCGACUACUCGGCGUUAUGCUCCGGUUUAGUUCGGGUAGUGGAAAGCGUCGACGUCGAUCCAUAGAUGGUGUUCUAAGCAGAACAAAGACUUCCCUGGGUGAUUCACACUUUGCUGUCCUCGUGGGAGGAAGGGGUUCAAACUCUAUAUCCUUUGCGCUUGACACAACUGGAAGCAUGGGUCAAGAAAAGAUGGCUAUGAUGACUAUUGUGGCCGGUCUCUCAGCAUUACUGCCGGGGGGGACAACAAAGUUCAUACUUUCACCAUUUAAUGACCCCGCGUACGGACCGGUGACUGUUUAUAGCACGGCGGCGGGGCUCAAUGCUGCUGUUAGUGCACUUGCAAUCACCGGAGGCGGAGAUUGUCCAGAGAAAACUUUCCAUGGUAUCGUCGGAGCCCUCAUAAAUCCUUAUAUCGUCACUGGCUCAUCGCUCUAUGUCAUUACCGAUGCCCCCUCUAAGGAUUACAACGGUCCGCCAAUCUACAACCUUCUCAUUGCUAAAUUCUUGGCCCAGUAUCUCGACAUAAGCGUCACCUUCUUUAUCAGCGCCAGUGGCAGCUGCAGUAUACCAGAAGCUCCACAAGUGCAUGCCCCGUUCACUGAUAUCAUUGCCUCCACUGGUGGAAGCAAGUUCAUCUUUACCCUUGGCCUUGAUAUAUCUAACAUAACCGGUGUUGUGUUUAGUGGGUCUAGAGGCAUGACUCGGCUCUCUUCUGGUUCAUCAAGUCGAAGCAUCAAGCGUCGAGAUGUAGAGAUUUUCCUGGAACGAAGCAAACGAUCUAUUCAUUAUACGGCAUCAUUCAGCGUAGAUCCUGGACUUGAGAAAAUUCUGGUUAUUGCAAAAUCUACUAACACCUCUUCUCUCAUAACACUCAAGACCCCGUCCAAUGCAGUUGUCGCCGGAAGUGCGUUGAAGGACGGUUACUAUUGGGAGGUGAAGAACCCUGCCGCUGGGGCAUGGAGGCUGGAAUCAGCCACAUAUUUUACUUACCAGGCAUGGGCAUCCUCUAAGAAGAACUUCGCCUUCGUACCAGUUUUCUUGAAGAAACUCUGUGGUAAAGACGUGACUCUUCCAAACCCUCUUGCCGGAGAAGAAGCCAAAGCUCUGAUCACCCUGUCUGAUGAAUCAUCCGUUAACCUGGCUUCCAUGAAAAUCCACGUCAUGUCAAUUGCGGGCGCGGUAAUCUCAAUGGCAACAGUGACAGACCGCGUGGCCAGGUUCACUCCUCCAUCCGAGAAGUUCUACUUGCGCAUGACCAUCUCGACCACAUCGGGUGUGGAGAUCGUGCGGUUAUCGAAAGAUCUCGAAGCGCAGUCUGUUGUCCUAGUACCAAAGAUGACCCCUUCACUCUUCACGGUGACUCCAGGAGUCGCAUCACCAUUUAAUUACAUCCUGUUCAACAACGCUCCCAGCCAGACCUUCACUAUCACCGCCGAGGCCCCACUCCCUUCAGGCACGGCCGUUUCUCCCAGUCCCCCAAGCCUCACGGUCCCGCAUAACGGUAACGGCGAAGGUGUCAUCAACAUCACCGUGCCACCAGGCACAGCCGCUAACACAGGCGUCCUGCUCUACGUGAAGGCUGCAGGAUCAGGCGUGACUGGGGACCUAGUCACGACCCUUGUGGUCAAUGGAGGCGAUGUUUGCUCAUCGUAAUGGGUUUCAGGCAAUAGUGCGUGUUAAACCAAGCGUAAAGUACAAAUCGUUUAAUUGAUCUAAUUUUAACUUUGCUAUUUUGAUUCAAGUAGGCGCCUAGGGCCAGUUAAUGAUCAGUUUUCUACAAGAGACCAUGAUCUCUUUUUUUUUCUCAUAAUGUGCCUUAAGCAAUAUUGCUUGCUAAAGAUGGGGAUACCAUAUGGAUAACAAUUUUUUUUUCUAAUGAUAAAUAGCAUUUGUACGAAUCUGCAUCAUUACUGUCAUUCGAAUAAAAAAAGUCAUUUGGAUAAAAAA